CAAAACUCCUCUCUCUCUCUCUAUCUGAUUACCAUUUUCCCGAAUCGACGGUGUGAAUUGAUGCAGCAGAGAGGGCGAUCCGUCAACCGUAGAUCAAGGAGCUUCUCUAGAUCCAGACUCGCCGUCGAAGGCCAUUAAACGAACUGUCUUGCUCUCUCUCUCACAACAGAUUGUCUUCUUCGCUUCUUUUUUCCGACGAACGAACACCUUUUCCCAAAAUGGCAGCAUCGUACGAGGAAGAGCGCGAUAUCCAGAAGAAUUACUGGAUAGAACAUUCCGCUGAUUUGACUGUUGAAGCUAUGAUGCUCGACUCUAGAGCCUCUGAUCUCGACAAGGAAGAACGACCUGAGGUACUCUCUUUGCUCCCACCUUUUGAAGGCAAAUCGGUGUUGGAACUUGGAGCCGGUAUUGGUCGAUUCACUGGUGAACUGGCUCAAAAAGCCGGUGAACUCAUUGCUCUUGACUUCAUUGAUAGCGUCAUUAAGAAGAAUGAAAGUGUCAAUGGGCAUUACAAGAAUGUGAAGUUUAUGUGUGCUGAUGUUACAUCCCCUGACUUGAAGAUCACUGAUGGAUCCAUUGACUUGAUAUUCUCCAACUGGCUAUUGAUGUAUCUUUCUGACAAAGAGGUGGAGCUUUUGGCAGAAAGGAUGGUUGGUUGGAUAAAAACUGGUGGAUACAUUUUCUUCCGAGAAUCUUGCUUCCAUCAGUCUGGGGACAGCAAGCGGAAAUCCAACCCAACUCACUACCGUGAACCCCGUUUUUAUACCAAGGUCUUUCAAGAAUGUCAGACACGCGAUGCAGCUGGGAAUUCAUUUGAGCUCUCUAUGAUCGGGCAAAAGUGCAUUGGAGCUUAUGUGAAGAACAAGAAGAAUCAGAAUCAGAUUUGUUGGAUUUGGCAGAAAGUCAGCUCAGAAAAUGACAGAGGCUUCCAACGUUUCUUGGACAAUGUUCAGUACAAAGCCAGUGGGAUCCUACGCUAUGAGCGUGUCUUUGGACAAGGAUUUGUGAGCACUGGUGGAAUCGAGACAACGAAAGAAUUUGUGGAGAAAAUGGAUCUGAAACCAGGACAGAAAGUGUUAGAUGUUGGUUGUGGCAUUGGUGGAGGUGACUUCUAUAUGGCUGAGAACUUCGAUGUGCAUGUUGUUGGUAUCGAUCUCUCUGUCAACAUGAUCUCGUUCGCGCUGGAACGUGCUAUUGGACUCAAAUGCUCAGUUGAGUUUGAGGUCGCGGAUUGCACCACAAAACAAUACCCAGAUAAUUCGUUCGAUGUCAUUUACAGCCGUGACACUAUUCUGCACAUCCAGGACAAACCAGCUUUGUUCAGGACUUUCUUCAAGUGGCUUAAACCAGGGGGUAAGGUUCUCAUCAGCGACUACUGUAGGAGCCCGAAAACUCCAUCUCCUGAGUUUUCUGAGUACAUCAAACAGAGAGGAUAUGAUCUCCAUGAUGUUCAAGCAUAUGGACAGAUGCUAAAAGACGUGGGCUUCAGUGAUGUGAUCGCAGAGGACCGAACUGAUCAGUUUAUGCAAGUCCUGAGACGUGAACUGGAGAGGGUGGAGAGAGAAAAGGAAGAAUUCAUUUCCGACUUCUCCAAAGAGGAUUACGAUGACAUUGUUGGAGGAUGGAAGGCGAAACUAGAGAGAGUUGCAUCGGGUGAACAGAAAUGGGGACUUUUCAUCGCCAACAAGAAUUAAUCAAAAUCUCUCCUUCAUCUUUCGUUUUCAAAUGUGUUUCUUCUUCAAGAAUAAAUUAAAUUAUCAUUUCCGUUCGGCAAUGAUGUUGUUAUGUGUGACUUGAGUGUUUUUUAGUACCGAAUGUUUCUUCUUACCUUCAAUGUUUUCGGUUUACAUAUAUAAACCGAAUUUCGUUUGGUUCACAA